AGGGGCCCCGUAGAAAGCAGCCCCGGUCCCGCCUGUUGGGACUUUUCUCACGACGCUGAGGACCUAAAGAUUAAAUAACUCAGUGAGAAGUUUGCUUUCACGCUGUGGAAAUGGGAAAGGUCGCUGUCAUUUCGGUUUUAAUAGCAGCGCUUUCGGUGCUGCUCGGGGAGAGGGCCCUCAACUGUAGCCAAAGGCUUCUCGUCUUCAGGGAGGUGACUAACAAACAUCUGCCCAACUGCGUUGCGUUGAAAAACAUUGAACAAGGGUCGGAGGAUAUUACCAUUCUUGGCAACGGCCUGGCCUUUAUCAGCGCUGGACUCAAAUUCCCUGGAUUCCCAUCCUCAGAUGAGCCUGGAAAAAUUUACACCCUUGAUCUCAAAGGUCCUCACCUGAAACCGGUGGAGCUGCGUAUGCCCAGGAACUUUGAGUUGGAGUCAUUUAAUCCGCACGGCAUCAGUGUAUACACAGAUCCAAGUGAUGGUACGGUGUACCUGUUUGUCGUCAAUCAUCCUCAGUUUGAAAGCCAAAUCGAGAUCUUCAAAUAUGUGGAGGACGGCGCCUCCCUGGUGCAUCUGAAAACCAUAAAACACGAGCUGCUGCACAGUGUGAAUGAUAUAGUUGCAGUAGGGCUUGAGAGUUUUUAUGCCACCAAUGAUCACUACUUCUCUAACAAGCUCCUGAAAUUUUUGGAGCUCUUUGUGCUUAUGCCUUGGACCAACGUUGUUUACUACAGUCCUGAUGAAGUGAAGGUGGUCUCCGAUGGCUACCACUUUGCCAAUGGCAUCAAUAUGUCUCCUGACCAAAGGCAUAUAUACGUGGCAAACCUAUUCAACCACAGUGUGAAUGUAUUGGAGAGGAAUGAAGACAAUACACUGACUCCUGUCAAGUCGGUGCCCGUGGGUUCACUCUGUGACAACAUAGAAGUGGACCCUGAAACUGGCGACCUUUGGAUUGGCUGUCACAUUAAUGCAAAGAAGGUGUUCUUUUUUGAUCCCAAAGAUCCCCCAGGAUCAGAGGUCAUCCGCAUCCAAAACAUCCUGUCGGAUCAGCCGGUGGUGACCCAGGUGUAUGCGGAUGACGGCCAUGUGAUCAUGGGCUCUUCCGUGGCGUCUGUCUACGGGGGGAAGCUGCUCAUUGGGACCGUGUUUCAUAAAGCAUUGUGUUGUGAUUUAAAAUAGGCAAUUUUUUUUUUGUUGUUGUUGUCAUUUUUAAAGAUAUUGAGCCAAAAGAAGGGGAAAUCAAGAUGUACCUUUUUACAGGAAGCUGAUGAUUUUUGUAAUUGUGGGUCAGGGCGUGCACGAGCACGUGUGUGUGUUUAACAAAUGUUUAUUAGAAAUGGAUUUUACAGAAUCUAAAAACAGAAAACCUCUCUUCACGCCACCUUGGAAUGCUCUGCAACAAGUAGGCGGUCACUGAGCCAAACAGCAAAGUUUUCUUCUUUUUGUCAUGCAGUAAUGCAGUUACUGAAUCAUUUCACAUACUCAGGUAAAUUCUUCAGUUCUUUAUUAACUCUCUCAGGGGAAAAUAUGAGUUUAACAUGGGUUGUUACAUGUGGUUUAAUUACUAUUAUUUUUUUUUGUCAUUAAACUUAAAAACCCAAUGUU